AUGGAUGCUCCGGUACUCAACCCUGCUCAUGCUUUAAGAGCCCGACAAUUGCAAGUCGUUAACUUGAUUUGCUUGUUGUUGACUUUUAUUACACAACGUAAUAUGGCCAACAAAAAGCAGGUUAGAUUACCCACUAGAAAAGUUAUUUUAGAAGGACAAGCUGUACGGGAAGAGUUGCUCCACAAUCUUUUAAAAGGUGGUCAAUGUCGUGACCUUAUUCGUAUGAGUGAAAACGCUUUUAGGAGAUUGUGUGAAAUCUUACAAACUGUAGGUGGUCUACGACGUACGCAACGCAUGUCCGUUGAGGAACAUGUUGCUAGAUUUUUGCAUAUUUCAAAACCUGAGGCUGUGUCGUUAAAGACAAAAAAGAUUGCAUACUUCGAUGAGAUGUUGAUGUUAUUUGCAAGGGAUAGGGCAUCUGGUGCACAUGCUGAGACAGCGAAAGAAAGAAAUGCCCAAUUAAAUAAAAAUGAAAAUAUUCAAGUUGAAACAAUUAAAGAAGUUGAUGACAUGUUAGCUAACAAUGAAAUUCAUUUGGAGAACGAAUAUGUUGAUCUUGAUGAUAACAUUCAGGAUGUUAUUCCACCUCCUUUUUCACAAGAACAAUCUUCAUGUGCAAAGAAGUGUAAGAGUAAAAAGAGGAAAUUUGAAGACGACGACGAAGAAGAAGAUAUUAACUCAAAGAUAAUGAAAUCGGUUGAUAAUGUGGCUGGUGCUAUCAGGGAGGGUAAUAUAAUUUUUGAUAGAGCUUAUCCUCGGGAAUAUACAGGGGAAGAAAUUUAUAGAGAAUUGGAGUUGGUGGGUUUGGAACCCCAUGAAUUACCGAGGGCUCUAAAUUUUUUGGCAACAAAUCAAGCAAAAGCUAGGACAUUGUUCAGUUGUCCCCUUCAUAUACGGAUGGGUGUCCUCAAAGAUAUGAUGGGUGCACGUGAUUAA